GCAAACAACUUAACUGAACAGGCGUAACUGGCAUGACCAUUUUUUUUUAUAAUGACAAGACUCAUUUAAACGUUUUUCAAUAUUCACAAUAAUGAAGGGGGUGAUGAAAGAGAUUAUUCUGUGUUUUUUGUUCGUGAGUGUAAUCCAGUGCAAUAUGAUACAAAUUUACGACUCUUCAACACCGAAAAGCCCGGCUUAUCACAUCCACGCUAGUCUUGGGCCAAUCCACCAUCAUUCAUUCCGAGUAAUGAAAUAAUAGAUUCAUUUGAAGAUAGCACUUUAGAAUUGAAGUGUACCGGUCAAAAAAAUGUAACAUUCAUCUAUGCAUCUGAUACAUCUUGUUCGUAUUAUAUGUCCGAACCUGCAAAAGAAAACGAAUAUAAGUGUUCUUCACAAAAACCGAUUAUUACUUACGAAUUUGACGGUGAAAAAUAUUUGGCUCUAUUCAGACGCGAACGUGUUAUUUUCCAAGAAACUGGAUGGUACGGUUGCAUCGAAAGUGAUAAAUUAGUUGCCGAAGGAUGGAACGGACUCGAAUGGAUCGGCCUAACGCCCGAUCACUUUAAUAAAUCUGAUGAUGUUUCAUGGACCUACGUUUACAUUAUGUCACCCUUCAGGCCUGGUUUUGUUGAAGCACCUCCAGCCAGCUAUGUAUAUACUUUGUACGAAAAAGUCGGUAAUGAUGUAUAUUUUUCAUGUCGGGCAACCCUGGGUUACUCUCGUAUUAAACUCAUUAAGAGAGGAAAAAUAGUUUCGAAUAGCAUACGUGAAUCUAAAAGAGGUUUUACGCUGAAAAAUGUUGCGGAUGCCGAUUCUGGAAACUAUACAUGCCGCAACUCCUUAGGCUAUUGGGAACGUACAAGUGUUCAAUAUGUAUUAAUAGUUACAGAUAAAAAUUCGAAUCUCUACAACCCAGUUAUAAUUAACAAUUCACCAGAGCCUAUAAUUCCCGGCCAAACAUUAAAAUUGAAAUGCUCUGUCGAUACCCCUCACGGCCAUUUGUAUUUAUUACGCUGGAAAAUUCCUAAGCAGAGUAACAGAGUAUCUUACAACUACUUCGAAGUACAAAAUGAUAAACAUUCUUUUACAUAUACCAGUGAAUUAAUCAUCUCAGGAGUAACUAAUGAAGAUGAAGGAGUCUAUGAGUGUGAAUAUGUCGCUCCACAAUUGAAAAAACAAAAUUCAUAUAAGAUAAAUAUAACCAUCGAUAAUAAAUCUUUAGCAGAUCACAAUGAAAUUGAUGCCAGUCUCAAUUAUUUUUAAAUUGUUAUUCGUAUGGGUAACUCAGAGAACUAGGUAAUGCAGAAAUCUAAAUUGUUUACCAUUGCAAGCGUUUAAUUAACUUAAAAAUAGACGCUUAUGAUGUAUGAAUAUCAAUUAUGAAUAAAUAAUUGUUGUAAAACCAGUAACUUCCCAAAUUUUGAAAAGUUUCAAUUUUCUU